UUGGUGAAAUACUGGGAUUAUACAGAAAGGCAAUAUUUCAAAACUGGGUCUAGGAAACCAAGGGAAGUUGGAAACAACUUCCUCAGUUGAAAACAAACACAGCGUUAUAUCAUUCUGCAGCUUUAUUAGAAGGAAGGCAGUAGCCAAGUGAAGCAGCUGGAUUCACACUGAAGUCACUCUGAACUCUGCAGAUCAUUCUUCUGCUACGGAGCUCAAAUCCCUGAUUUAUUGUGUUUUAUUCCAAAGAACUGAACAAGAAAGCAGCUGUGCAACAUGACAUUUGAAGAUUUUGAGAACUACUCUUAUUUCUAUGACCUGCCUGAGGAAGACGAAUCACCCCAGUCCUCCCUCAGCAUUGCCCAUGUAAUUUCCCUUUCCUUUUACAGUGUGGCAUUUCUGCUGGGAGUGCCAGGCAAUGCCAUUGUGAUCUGGUUUAUGGGUUUUAAGUGGGAUAAAUCUGUUUCUACACUCUGGUUCCUCAAUCUGGCUGUGGCAGAUUUCAUUUUUGUUCUCUUCCUGCCUCUCUAUAUUACAUAUGUCGCCAUGGGCUUCCACUGGCCUUUUGGGAAGUGGCUCUGCAAAAUGAACUCAUUCAUUGCACUACUUAAUAUGUUUGCCAGUGUUUUCUUCCUGACAUUUAUCAGCCUUGAUCGCUAUAUCCGCCUGGUCCACCCAGUCUUUUCCUACAAGUACCGGACUGUAAGGAACACUCUCAUUCUUAGUGGGAUCAUUUGGAUAUCAGCUGCAAUUAUUGGUGGCCCUGCCUUGUACUUCAGAGACACAGCUACAGUUCUCAACAAUGUCACCAUUUGCUACAACAACUUCCAUGUGCAUGAUAGAGAACUUAUUUUGCUGACACAUCACAUUCUCAUUUGGGUGAGGCUUGCUUUUGGUUACCUCUUUCCUCUAGUGACCAUGGUCAUCUGCUACUCCUUGCUGAUUGUCAAAGUGAAGAGAAGAACUGUAUUGACUUCCAGCAGGCUUUUCUGGACCAUCAUUGCUGUAGUCGUAGCUUUUUUUGUUUGCUGGACACCAUAUCACAUAUUCAGCAUUGUGGAGCUGUCUGCUCACCAUGAUGAAAAUCUGCAUGACUUACUGCAGGAUGGCAUUCCCCUCUCUACUGGCCUUGGUUUCAUCAACAGUUGUCUCAAUCCCAUCCUCUAUGUUCUGAUUAGCAAAAAGUUCCAGGCCCAGGUCAAGACAACAGUCUCUGAGGUGCUAAAAUUGGCUCUAUGGGAGGUGAGCUGCUCAGGAACUGUCAGCGAGCAGCUCUGGAGCUCGGACAACACCCACGCACCCGUGCACUAUUGUGAAACUGCUCAGUGAGGGCUCAUCAAUAUCCCUCUCCAAAACAGCUGACAGGAGAUCUGGAGCUGUUCUUGACUUUUUAUCUGCCAGUCAGAUAUGCAUCGUUGCAUGUACAAUUGUAUGUAAACAGCUGGCUUACUUGCACUUGCUGCUUUCCUUGAAAGGUUUUUAAAGGACACAUCAUUUGGGUGCGGUGUAUUUGCAGUGUGCACACAGCCUGAACUCAAAGCCAUCAUUUUAAGUUGGAAUUCCUCUUACUGGAGUUUUGAUUAGGAAUAUUAUUGUAAUGCUGUUGUUCUGUUGUGAUUCUGUACCUCACUGAUAGUAAAAGAGGACAUAAUAAAAAUACUCCUCCUUGCUAUCACUGAUAACAUUCACAAUUGAGGCAUUCUCAUCCAAGAGGUUAUAGCCAUACAUCAAUGGGUUAUGAAUCUGAUUGUCUAGGAUUGCCUUAAGAAGGAAUCAUCUGGCUACAUCACAGCUAAGUGAAGCUAUUGGUGGCUCCAUUCUGCAGCUGGAGAAGAAUCCCAAGAGAGAUAACACUGAAUUGCUGAUUUCUCUUGUCAAAGA